UUGCAUCUAAUGCAUCUUAUUCCAAAGCAGGAGAGGAAAAGCCCUUUUUCUCCGACGUAGAGCUUUCCUCGAGGGUUGAGCCAUCCCUUCUGUUACUCCGAGACCGCUUGGUGUAGAGCGGGGGCGGGGGGGGGGAAUGCAACUCACCCUCGGCGAGGACAAGGCUGGUGGUUUUCAAAGCGUUUUCACCUUUCGCCUCCGUCUCCCUAUCGAAGGGACGCAAACGGAACCUUUGUCUCGGGAACGCUUGUUCCGGACGGCCCCCCAAAUACUGGGCGCCGAGGAGGUUAAAAAAAACUUGUUUCCAUGGUAACCGCUGGCGCGUCUAAGCGCUAAGGAGCAACUAUGUCGGCUUUCGGGGACCAAAACUCAGAGUCUCUCUAUACUUUCCAUUAUCUCCGCCAGAAAAGCUUUGCAGCCCUGGAGAGCAAAGGCACACGGGAGCGCCUACUCAAAUGGUCCAUGGAUGGCAGAAUCACAGCACAGGCCUUCAGUUUUGAUCAGAAUCUCAAAGGCUAUCAACGGGAUUAUUUCCUAAUGGCUUUUUUAAAUCACCCAGAGGUUAACAGCAAUUUGAAAUUGCUUUCAUCAUCUGGACAGUGGACUACAUUAAAUACUAAAGUGAAAAAAGUUGACGCCAAAAAUAUUUUGUGUACACAAGUCUCGAUGUCAUUUUUUGACCGAUUAUACUGCAAAGGGCUUGUUCGAGAAAAUGGGACUAUUGUAAAGUGUUUUGAUGAAUACCAUGAUGAAAUUCUUAUUGCAGAUGAGUUGAGAAAGGUACUUCUUCUGGAUGAUUCAGACCACUAUGAUUUAUUUAAUCAUUUAGACCGUGAAGAGUUUCUUUUUUGCAUCUUUAAACACCUUUGCCUUGGAGGAGCUUUCUGUCAAUAUGAAGAUGAUCUCGGUCCAUACUUAGAAACCACAAAAUCUUUAUAUAAGGAUCUAGUGAGUGUACAAAAGGAUCCUGAAACCAAGGAUAUUAACAUAGUAUCUACUGUCUUUAAAGUCUGUGCAUAUGAUGCUGAUGGCCUUUGUUAUCCCGCAUCCAACAGCCAUGAACAAAAUUUUGCCUAUUUGAUUGUGAACCCUUUGAAUCGUCAUAUCUAUGUUUUGUACCAUGUUUUUGGAGUACCUUCAUUCUGUGAGUGACUGCUUGUGUUAUUCAAUUAAUUCUGAUAGAGGAAUUAAGUAUUGAUUGUUGGAAUUCCACUAUUGUUAGAGCAUUAGAAAUUACUUGCAAACUGAAUGUAAUUGAUUUUGUUGGAAUGUUGUUAAAUUAAUGUUACCGAUGCCUGCAUAUAGUAUUUGAAAUGGGCUAUUGCUAAAUUAACUUACAUCCUGUCCUUAGACUUUAUUUUUAAAAUGUAUUGUACUUACAAAAAUAAUAAAUCAUUGAGCAGAAAACC